UCCAGUAUCCAGUUAUCCACGCCGAAUUUUUCUCUCGUGGACAUUUGAUCGGAGUUAUAUUUUUAUUGASAAUUCACACCAAACCUGAAAUAGAUAAYGACCAGCUGAAGAUAAAUAAAAUAGCAUUUUUGUUUUACCAAUUUCGGAUCGAAAAAAGAUGGAAUUCACUACAAAUUUAGAAGAAUUGAUCUCAGCAUAUCAUGAAUUUUCGUUUUCUUUGUACAAGGAAAUUGCCAAAACUGAAACAGGAAAUAUUUUCUAUUCUCCGUUCGGUAUCCAUAUGAUUAUGUUUAUGACUAGUACUGGAGCAGCUUCAAAAACAUUUGAUGAAAUUGUAGCCACCAUGCAUCUAAACAAAACGACACAUUCUAUGAACACAUAUAGGAAAUUAUUGGAAGACAUAACAAAUAAAGAUGAUUACCUGACAUUGGCAAAUGGAAUGUUUGUUGAUACAUCUUUUAAUGUUAAAGAUAGUUUUGUGGAAAACUCUAUGAAAUACUUAAAAUCUUCUAUGGAAAAAUUGGAAAUAAAAAAAAAUCCAGAACAACAGUGCCAAUAUUUAAAUGAUUGGGUCUCAAGCAAAACAAACAGCAAAAUCAAGAAUUUAUUUCCAAAAGGUUCCAUUAAUAAAGACACUGCCUUAGUAUUGGCAAAUGCUGUGCAUUUUAAAAGUGCUUGGGCUCAUCAAUUUCAAUAUACUUAUGAUGACUCAUUUUAUGUGACUCCAAUCAAUCAAGUAACAGUCAAAAUGAUGUAUCUCGAACAUGAUUUACAAUACUAUCAUGAUAGUGUCCUAAAAUUCUCCGUACUUGAAUUACCAUAUAAAAACCAUGAUUUUAAAAUGGUAAUUUUAUUGCCUGAUGCUAAAGAUGGUUUGGAAAUCCUGGAAAAUAACUUUUCAAAAAUUAAUUUACAUGACAUUUCAAAUAAAAUGACCCAGCAAUACAUUUUGGUUAAAUUACCUCGUUUCAAAUUGGAACAGUCUCUGCAAUUAGACGAAACAUUAUCCAAUCUUGGAUGUCCAACAAUGUUUACACUGGCGGCAAACUUUUCUAACAUUGUUGAUGAUAAUGAUCUGUAUGUGAGUAAAAUCGUGCAUAAGGCAUAUAUCAAAGUUGAUGAAACAGGAACUGAAGCUGCAGCAGCUACAGGUUUUACAUGUUGUGACGGUUUUUCAAGCAGACUUACAGUUUUCAUUGCUGAUCAUCCWUUUAUAUUUUUUAUUUCAACUAGAUGUAAUAAAAUUAUAUUUGUAGGUCGAAUGACCAAUAUUGAUUAA